UUUAAAGUCAUCAAUUAAUUCAUUAUUAUAAGCACUGCAUUGACAAGCAGCCACAAUGCUUCAAGGAACAAAUAUCAUCCAAACAUUUCAGAUUGAAAUAUUCGUCUUUAUCUUUACGUUGGCCAGUACCAUCGAAGAUGUGACCGUACAAUUGGCUGCCCAGGAUAAAUUCUGCAUGCACCGUCUCAACUCGACGAGAAUCUGUUCACAACUAUCGUCUAUCGAUCAACAAUGGCAUUCAAGUGACGUGCUUCUCAUCAUCAAAGAUGAGGUGUUGGUUCAGGUGACCAUGUUCAAUUUCUACCAGACCAUAAUAGCAACCAUUCCGUUAUUAUUCACAUCCUUAUUCAUCAGUUCAUGGGCAGAUCGUCAUCGGAAAUCGGCUAAAAUUCUACUUAGCAUCACAACAUUCAUGUGCACUAUGGAGUCAUUAUUCCUAUUGAUCAAUGUCAUCAAUUUCCAUUGGAACGUAUACAUCAUGUUGAUAUCAUUCACAUUGCUACCAAUGGUCGGCGGCACACAGGUAGUUGCCAUGACUGUUAUAGCCUACCUGACCAUCGUAAGCGACAGUCAACAACGAAUCAAACGUUUUGCCAUUAUCGAAUUGAUAGCCAUUGUGGCAGGACCAUUAGGAGUAUUGAUAGGCGGUCUAUUGAUCCGAGAAGAUUUGUUGCCACCAUCAGCAUGGGCUCAUCGCAAUGGUCAAUUGCACAAUUAUCACUACGUCAUACUGGUUGCAUUAUUCUGCAAAGCAUUCACAUUGAUCUAUGUGCUACUAACCAAAUUUCGUAAACGUCCCAAAUGCAACAGAAAUGUGGCCCACGAAUCCGAUCCAUUGAUUGUGACAAACAAACCAAACAAUAAGGAAAAGAAGAAAAUGAAGAAAAAGAAAAGCACAACACAUAGAGCACGCAAAUAUGUCCAAAGUGUUGGCGAUAUCUUUGUCAUCAGAAACAUUAGCGAAUCAUUCCAGGUUUGUUACCGUCGUCGACGCAAUCAACGCCACGUGUUCAUAUGGAUGCUGAUGAUCGCCAUGACAUUGGUGACAAUGACUAGAGUCAGUCUGGGAACGAUUCUCUUUCAAUUCGUACAGAAAGUAUACUAUUGGGAUGCCAGUCUCUAUUCAACAUUCAAUGCCAUACUAUACAUCACCACACACGUGUUUGGAUUGAUGGUGGCCACACCGACACUGACCAAUUUACUUCAUUUAUCAGAUUCAUCCAUUCUCGUCAUUGGACUGUUAUCAAUUAUGGCGCAGAAUUUCAUAAGAGGAACAAUCAUCAAUGUGACUGCAUUCUGUCUUUCAUAUUUAUUCGGUUCACUUACCAGUCUGGUAUCGGUUUCAAUCAGGGCCAAAUUGUCUAAACUAAUCGCAUCGGACGAACAAUAUCGGCUAUUCGGAAUGUUGACCAUGAUGGAAGCCAUAUCACCAUUGCUCGGUGUUUCAAUCUACACACAAAUAUUCAACCAAACCAUUUCCAUUUAUCCGGGUUUCGUUUUCCAAUUUUCUUGCUUCAUUCUAUUGCUGCCCAUUGUUAUCACCACGUUUAUCACUUUCUAUCUUCCAACUCAUCAUCAAAAUGAUGAUGAUGAUGAUGAUGAUAACAAUGUUGUCAGCCAAACAACCAUGAACAAUGUGGUGAAUGAGCACUGCGUUGAUGAUAAUGAAAGCGAUGAUGAUAAACAACCAAUGUGCUAACAUUCAAGUGCCAAUGAAACAAUGACAAAAUCAAACACAAACCAACAAACCAACAAACCAACAACGAUGACGAGGACCUCUUUCGUUCGAAAUCGGUACUACCGUAUUAUUUUAUUAUUAUUUCAAUUUCAAUUUCAAUCGUUAAAAUAAAUUCCGUUCAUUCAAAUUCA